AUGAGAGCUGCAAAUCAGGGGCUUCUGGUGGGUUUUUUUUUGUUACGGAAAGAUGGAAUUCAUAUUGAUCUUGUUGAUAUGAACUUCAAUUUUAUAACUGUGCUUGUUAAUAUCGAUUCUAGAAGUGGUCACACUUUGUUGAAUUGUAUGUAUGGUGCUUUAAGUGAUGUUAGGUGGGAUAGGGAAUGGGAUUAUCUGAAUAGUUUGGCUAAUAAAUACUCUUGUCCUUGGAUUGUUCUUGGUGAUUUAAAUUUUAUCCUGAGACAGGAGGAAAAGUUUGGUGGCAACACUAUUCCUCAGAGUCAACUUGAUGAAGUUAAAAAUCAUUUAGAUCAAUUAGACCAUUUUGAUAUGAACUAUAGAAGUAACCCUUUUACUUGGAGUAAUCAUAGGAGUAAUAACUCUCUUAUUCUUGAGAGACUUGAUAGGGCCCUUGUUAAUCAUGCUUUGAUAAAUUACUUCCCUAAUGCCAUAACUUACCACUUAUUAAGUUUAGCUAGUGACCACUGUCAUAUUCUUCUUGUGACCUCUAGGGAAGAAAACAACACUAAAAGACCUUUAAGGUUUAAUAGGUGCUGGUUUAGUGACAACAGUUGCAAAGAGCUAAUCAAGGAAAACUGGGCAACUAGUGAAAAUGGGUCUAAAGCCUACAAACAUACUAGAUGUCUUUAUAAUGUUAAAGUGGCUCUUAGGAAAUGGAAUAUGAGAUCUUUUGGUAAUUUUCAAACUCAUAUAAAUGACAUUCAAUCUCAACUUGAUAACAUCAAUACUAAUAUGCAUGAUACUUCUAAUGGCUUACUUAAGAAGAAAUUAGAAGAUGAUUUGAAACAUUGGUAUGUUGUUAGACAAAAUUAUUAUAUGCAAAGAGCAAAAGAAAAUGUGUUGUCUUUUGAUGAUAAAAACACAAAGUACUUUCAUGAUAAAGUCAAACUUAGGAAAAGAAGAACACAAAUUGAAUGUUUGAAAAACACCAUAGGAAUUUGGCUAACUGAUAAAAGCAUGAUAUCAACUGAACUAAAGGAUCAUUUUAGUAAAAUGAGUAGAACUACAAACCCUGUCAGUGAUAGCAGCUUCCUUGAUGUUUUGACUCCCUGUCAUAUGCUUAAGCAGAUAAAUCACAACUUUGUGUCUCUUAUCCCUAAAAGUAAUGCCCUUAAGACUCCUGCUGAUUUUAGGCCUAUUACUUUAAGUAAUGCUAGUUAUAAGAUUAUAUCUAAACUUUUAGCUAGUAGACUUAAAACUGUGAUGGACAUAUUUAUUAGUCCUUACCAAGCAGCUUUCCUAUCCUCUGGGAAAAUAACAGACAAUAUAGUUAUAGCUCAUGAACUAAUUGACACAAUGAGAAAAAACAAAACCAAAUCUGGUUUAAUGGCUGUGAAAUUAGAUAUGUCCAAGGCUUUUGAUAGAAUUGAAUGGAAGUUCCUAAUCAAUAUCUUGAAAAAACUAGGAUUUAAUGAACAUUGGUGUAAUCUUAUUGAGAAAUGUAUAUCAACAGUGUCUACUUCUAUCUUUCUUAAUGGCUGUCCUGGUGAGGUUUACUAUCCCACAAGGGGUAUUAGACAGGGACACACCUUGUCCCCCAACUUGUUCAUAAUUUGUAUGGAUGUUUUAUCUAAAAUUCUUAUUGAUGCAGAGAGGAAAAAUGAAAUUCAGGGUAUCAAAGUAACUACAACCAGCCCAUCAGUAAGUCACUUAUUUUUUGCUGAUGACUGCCUUGUUUUUACUAGGGCAAGUAUUAAAAGUGCUAGGAAUUUAGAGAACAUGCUUGAUAGGUUUAGUAAGUUCUCUGGUCAGGCCAUCAAUUUUGAGAAAUCUAGGAUUGCUUUUAGUCCCAAGAUUGAACCUAGAACAAAAUCCCGAAUUUUAGCUAUUUUGAAAAUUAAGAAUCUUGGCCUAGCUGAUAAAUACUUAGGAUUUACAUUACUUCUUCAAAGAAACAAAAUGGAUUCUUUUAAGCACUUAGAAAAAUCUUGCGAUAAAAGGUUUUUUUGGAAUAAGAAGAGGUCUGCUAGAAGGGGUAAUCUCUGUAAUUGGGAUAAUGUUGCUAAACCCACAGAUCUGGGUGGUCUGAACAUUAGGAAAACUGAACACUUAAACACAGCUUUGCUUGCAAAGUUAGCCUGGAGAAUGCUAACUGAUCCUGAUGCUUUGUGGGUUCAAAUCCUCAAACAUAAAUAUUUUCCUGAUUAUAGUCCUUUACAUGUUGUUUGUACUGAAAGUGUUUCUUGGGAGUCGAAAGGCAUAUGUAGAGGUCUGGAGUUGAUUAGGAAAUAUUAUUGUUGGGAAAUUGGGGAUAGAACAUCCAUUGAAAUAUGGAAGGACAAAUGGGUGCCAACCAUUGACAAUCUUCUUAAUAGUAAUUUUGCUUCUAAUGCUAUGACUACAAUGAACCAACUGAUUGUUCAGGAAAGAAAAGAGUGA